UUCGCUUCCCUUGAGCUCGUGGGGAAGUUCAGCUUCCUGCCGGCGGUACCUGGGGCACUGGUGUCACGCAGGCUGGCUCCGCGCUGCCGCUCCGGGUCAGCAGACGGGCCUGGGAAGAGCGAGCAGGUGGGUGCUGCGGAGGGUUACCGAGACAACCGGUCACAGGUCGGGGUGCUGCUGCCUGUGUUCCCGUCACUCCGCAAGCGUGCGGCACAGCGUGAUAGCUCGUGGUGUUCAAAACGCUAUGUAAUUAGCACGCGUUUUACUAUUCCCUUUCAUGAUUAUAACCACACCUAUAUGGAAUAUAUGCGGUUGAAAAAAGAUAGCCAGUCCGACAUCUUUACCGCGCGAAGCGUCUCCCCUCUUUUUGUCCUUUCUCUUUCAGAUUUAGCCUUGGAGUCUAAUCCAUCUGAUCAUCCCAGAGCAAGCACAAUUUUCCUGAGCAAGUCUCAAACAGAUGUGCGAGAGAAGAGGAAAAGUAACCACAUCAACCAUGUUUCUCCUGGGCAGCUUACGAAAAAAUACAGCUCAUGCUCAACAAUAUUUAUAGAUGACAGCACCGUCAGUCAGCCUAACCUUAGGAGCACAAUAAAGUGUGUCACAUUAGCAAUAUUCUACCAUAUAAAGAACAGAGAUUCGGACAGAUCAUUGGAUAUUUUUGAUGAAAAAUCUCAUCCUCUCACACGGGAAGAAGUUCCAGAUGACUACUACAAGCAUGAUCCUGACCACAAGCAUACGCUCUUCAGUGCUGCACAGCUGACAGCUGAAUGUGCAAUAGUGACACUGGUUUAUUUGGAAAGGCUUUUAACAUAUGCAGAGAUUGACAUAUGCCCUAGUAACUGGAAGAGGAUAGUCCUAGGAGCUAUUCUGCUGGCUUCGAAAGUCUGGGAUGAUCAGGCUGUGUGGAAUGUGGAUUAUUGCCAAAUAUUGAAGGACAUAACUGUUGAGGACAUGAACGAGAUGGAAAGACACUUCUUGGAGCUACUGCAGUUUAAUAUCAAUGUUCCAGCCAGUGUUUACGCCAAAUACUACUUCGAUCUUCGCUCCCUAGCAGAUGACAACAACCUGAGCUUUCUGCUGGAGCCUCUCAGUAAAGAGAGGGCACAGAAACUGGAGGCUAUCUCCCGGCUGUGUGAAGACAAAUACAAAGACUUGUCGAAAGCUGCUAUGAGACGAUCUUUCAGUGCUGAUAACUUAGUUGGCAUCCGCCGUUCUAAUGCCAUCCUCUCCUGAGGAGAGAGAAGGGCACAGCACCGUGAACCAGCAUCCACGUGAACCGGAGGAGUACCACCACUCCAUGCACACAGGCCAGCGGUGAUGGUGUCUUCCAGCAAGAGGAGGAGAGGAGGGUAAACUAGCCAAGGGAGCCCAGAGCUUGAGGAGCACACUUGGUGCAACAGAUGAGACCUUUUGUCAAAUCCACUCUCUCCUCCUUCUAAUGUAUCCAGAGGUGCAAAAACAAACUUCUCUCCUUCUGUCUCCCACAGAUGUUUGCUUACUAUGUAGGCCUAUAGCUGUGAACUCCUGAGGUUUUUAAUAAUAAGUAGUUUUAAAUUUUAGAAUUUAAACACUAACCACAUGACUAUAGUUACAAUGUUCUUCCCUCCUCUCCCCUGUCAUCCAGAGUCUUGCUGCAUUUGUAUUUCAGGUCGAUGCAGUGUUAACAAAAACAAAACAUGGGACUCUUACAGCGUAAAGCCACUCUGGAGCUGAAAACAGUAGCAUAGACACGUGUUGACGGCUUUUCCCUGGUUUGGCUACUAAAAGCUGCUAUUAUCGGUGAUCUGCUCGUAACCAAGAGGCUGCCCAGCAGGAGAAAUUCCAGCUCUGUACCCACAGCGUCACUCCAGUUGAGACUGUCAAAAGACUCUGAAUGUUCUGACUGGGGGCAGAGAUGUGGUUUUAUGUAUCGUUAAAAUGUACAGGGUCCAUGCUGCAUUUCUUGUGAAUUAUGGUGCUCCUCUCGUUUUCUAAUACUUGUACUGCUCUGGAAGAGACGCAAUCUGUGUAUUUUUCUGAGGCAUUGAAUGGGAAAGUUAGUCUGGAAACAUCAUCACCAUCCCAAACAGUGUAGCAACCCAGUGGUGGAUGGCGUGUGUGCCGCACUGCUUCUCUGCAGAUCUCUUGUGCUAUAUACAGUGGAGUUCCUACAGCUGAUAUUGUGCAUCCAUCUGGC